GAAUUGUAUGAGCACAACUAGAGUAUGUUAUGGACCAGUGCACAGAAUAAUAACUGAUUGAAUGACCAAAUAACCAAUAGACGACUAUAUGGGCGUGGAUUGUCGACAUCAUUUUCGGGAAUUGAUACGACGCUUGCCUGGAAGACUCACCGCCGAGACUUGGCAACUUCAUUGUGCAGGAUUUAAAACAGUUAUCAAUGAUAAAUGCUCAGAAAAUCAUCAUAAUAGACGAAUGUAAGUAGCCUACAUUGAUAUUGGGCGGUUCAUGAAAGAGAAAGUUAUUUUUCCAGGGAUUCGUUGACGGCAUAAAGUCACAGACAUAGUGAACUCCUUGAAACAAGGCGAUGGACAUGUGCAGGCAACUGUUGGUAAAGAUGAGGAGGAGGAGGAAGGGCAAGUUCACGCCAAUCCCUGUAUUACCACAGGGCCUCGAGGUCCACUUCUACAAGGGAGACUCUCACCAGCUGGAGUUUCUCAGUGGUUGUUACACUGCUGAGGAGCUGUGCACAGAGGCAGCCAAGAAGUGUGGCAUUUCACCUCUUUGCUUCAAUCUGUUUGCCCUGUAUGACGAGGGCAUGAACAUCUGGUACCCUCCCAAUCACACCUUCAAAAUCGAGGAAAGCACCCGCUUAAAGCUCCACUAUCGCAUGAGGUUCUACUUCACCAACUGGCAUGGUGCGAAUGAGAGUGUGCCACGUGUUUGCAGACACACCCUCAAGAGAAAGAACGACAAUGGGCAGAAGACCAAAUCAGGGGGUACUGCACUCCUUGACGCUGCCUCACUGAAUUAUCUGUUUGCCCAGGGUCAGCAUGACUUCCUGAAGGGGUGGGCCGCAGUGCCUAACCCUCAGAAUGAAAAGGAGGCCCACUGUAUUGAGAAUGAGUGCCUGGGGAUGGCAGUGUUGUCUAUCACACACCAUGCCAUGGAGAAGAACAUCGGCAACCCAGAUUUAGCAGGACGGAUCAGCUAUAAGAAAUACAUCCCAGAGAGCGUGAACCAAAUCAUCAAGCAGCGGAACUUCCUGAUACAACUCCACAUCUCCCGGGUGUUCCAGCACUUCCUUAACGAGUUCAACAAGACAGUGCAGAUCAACAACGUCAACACCCAUGACAUCAAGGUCAAAUACUUGGCUACGCUGGAGACGCUGACAUGUGGGUUCGGCUGUGAGAUAUACAAGCCAGAAGUUCUCAGUGUGACUGACAGCGAAGGGGAGAUCGAAGGAACACCCACUUCCUGUAACCAGGGUCAGCCCACCCAGUACCAAGUCCUUGUGUCUGGAAAUACAGGGAUCAAGUGGCGGAGGAUGCAACAGAAUGUGACAAAUACAUGGACUGCCAAAGAGAAGAAAAAAUCCAAAAAGUACAAAACCGACAUCAACUGGAAGAACAAAUCAGCUCAAGACGUUUCGAAUGACUGGAAAACCUUCUCCGAUUUCUAUGAGAUUACACACAUCAACAUCAAGGGCUCCACAGUCACUGUCCACAAGCAGGACAACAAAAGGAUGGAACUGAGACUGGGUUUCCAUGCAGAGGCAUUGUCUUUUGCCACCCUCAUUGAUGGAUACUUCCGUCUGACAGUGGAUGCACAUCACUUUCUGUGUACAGACGUGGCCCCUCCCUCUGUGGUGCGGAACCUGCAGGAAGGCUGUCAUGGUCCAAUCAGCAUGGACUACACCUCCCACAAGCUGCGCCAGGAGGGCGGGGAGGAGGGCAUGUACGUGCUGCGCUGGAGCUGUAUCGACUAUGACCACAUCCUCCUGACUGUCAAAUGCAACCAAGUGGACCUGACCGAUAACCGUCCGUACCGUAGCUUUAAGAUCGAGGUGGGGCCGGAAGGUUACGUCCUGAGUGGUACAGUCCUGAGGCAGCCCUCUCUCAGGGAGCUGAUGGAACAGCUGAGGGGCCAGAGCCUCAGUACAGACAAAGUCAUCAUCCAGCUCCGCAAGGCCUGCCCUCCCCAGCCCAGAGAAAUGUCUAACCUGCUACUAGUGACAAAGAGAGCGGCGGAGCCGACGUACCCCGUACAGAGUCAUGUCGUCUUCCACAAGAUCCUCAACAAGGACAUAGUGCAGGAGGAGCACUUGGGCUGUGGCACCAGAACCAACAUCUAUGCUGGCAAACUGAAAAUAAAGAGUGAGGAAGAGAAGGAUGUGUGGGGUUCCCAAACUCACCACGAGGUGAAAGUGGUCCUGAAAGUGCUAGGGUCCCAACACAGAGACAUCACUAUGGCUUUCUUUGAGACGGUCAGUAUGAUGCGUCAGGUGUCCCACCAACACGUUGCUCUGCUGCACGGCGUCUGUGUUCGCAACCAGGACAAUAUCAUUGUGGAGGAGCAUGUGAAGUUGGGUCCUCUGGAUGUGUUCAUGCGGGGACAUCGUCUUGAACUCAGCACCUCCUGGAAGUACCAGGUGGCCAAACAACUGACCGGCGCCCUCAGCUACCUGGAGGAUAAGAAGCUGGUCCAUGGCUAUGUGUCUGCUAAGAACAUCCUAGUGGAGCGGGAUGGUCUGGAGGGAGAGACUGGGCCCUUCAUCAAACUGAGUGGCCCUGGGGUCCCCAUCUCCGCACUCAACAUACAAGAGUGUGUGGAGAGGAUCCCGUGGAUCGCCCCAGAGUGUGUGAGGAACAGCCAGGCCCUGAGUGUUGCGGUGGAUAAGUGGGGUUUCGGCACCACGCUGUGGGAGAUCUGCUACGAGGGAGAGGCUCCUCUCAAAGACAAGAAACUCAUAGAGAAGGAAAUGUUUUACUCGGCCCAGUGUUCCCUUGUGACACCAGACUGCCCUCAGCUGGCUGAGCUCAUCACCAAGUGCAUGACCUACGACCCCAAGAGGAGGCCCUUCUUCAGGGCCAUCGUCAGGGACCUCACCGGGGUGGCCGAGCAGAUCCUGCCUCCUGGAAGGGUGCCCAUCCAGGAAGUGGACCCCACUGUGUUUGAUACCAGGUUCCUCAGGAAGAUCAAAGACCUGGGACAGGGUAACUUUGGGAAAGUGGAACUGUGUCAGUAUGACCCCCGUGGGGAUGGCCGAGGGGAGCUGGUGGCGGUCAAGUUUCUGAAGCCAGAGAGCAAAGGCCAGCUGGCCUGCCACCUGAGGAGAGAGAUAGAUACCAUGAGAGAGCUCUACCACCACAACAUCGUCAAAUACAAAGGAGUGUGUAGCGAGGAGGGUGGGAAGACCAUUAAGCUGAUUAUGGAGUACCUUCCAGCGGGGAGUCUGAAGGACUAUCUUCCCAGGAGGAAACACCAGACUGACCUCAAGAGGCUCCUCCACUACGCCCUUCAGAUCUGCCAGGGAAUGGAUUACUUGGGAUCCCAGCGGUUCAUCCACCGGGAUUUGGCGGCCAGGAACGUUCUGGUGGAGAACGAGAGCACAGUGAAGAUUGGAGACUUUGGCCUCACCAAGAGCAUGAAGGAGGACAAGAGUUACUACACUGUCAAAGAGGACACCGCCAGCCCUGUGUUCUGGUAUGCUCCUGAGUGCCUGGUGGACAGUAGGUUUUACCCUGCGUCUGACGUGUGGUCCUUCGGAGUGACCCUCUAUGAGCUGAUGACCUACUGCGAGACAAGCAGCAGUCCUGACGAGGUAUUUUUGGAGAUGCUUCGUCCAACCCAGGGUAUGAUGACUCUCACCCUAUUGGUGAAAGUGCUGAUGGCCGGCAGGAGGCUGCCCUGUCCACCUCGCUGCCCAGAAACGGUAUACUCUCUGAUGAGGAGGUGUUGGGAGAAUGCCCCGGAGAACAGGAUCCAGUUCAAAGGCCUGAUCACAGAGCUGGAGACGCUGCUGGACGAGAGGCACAGAGAUAGAUUGGCUGUCUGAACUGAUAGAGCUCACACAUGGAUGGAUAUAUAAUAAUUCAUAUUACAAUAAUAUAAUAUACACUGAGUAUACCAAACAUUAGGAACACCUUCCUAAUAUUGAGUUUUGCCCUUAGAACAGCCUC